UGAGCUUCAGAAUUCAGAUCAGCAGCAAACUGAGUGACUGCAACUGCUGACGCUGAUACACACUUUGAUGGCACAUGUAAACAGUUUAGGUGACAAUGACACUGACUGACAAGGGAUCUUCAUCUGACACCCUGAGGUACGCUGACAUGAGGUCUGCUCAAGUUUUUGAUUUUGGGCCGAGCUGCUGCCGACGGUUUACCAAAGGUCUGUUUUGGAGAAAUGACCAAUGAGAGAAUGAUUAACCUGGCUGGCAAAGAGGAUGUGUGUGUCACUGUCAGAGGUGUCAGUGUCAGUGUGUGUGUACAUGACAGGAGGUGAAGGCCUGGAUGAGGGACAGAGAUCUCACUCUCAAACAAAGACAGCAGAACAUCUGACCGAGACAUAGACGAGAGACGGUUGGGGAGACAAUGUUCAGAACACAGACAGUAACCGUGUCUGCUGUCCUGCAUUAUAAGUAGGUUUUAAGUAGCCUAGAAAGUCUUCUGCAAAUCAAAGGAUGAUAUUUCUUCUUAAACGGCAUAUGUUCUGAAAGCAUUUUUUGGCUCUCUUGGUCCAAUGCAGCCAGCAGAAUAAGUGCCAUUUAAAAGUACAGCAGCAGCACAACAGCUGUGACUAAGUCAAGGUCUGAGGAAGCAAUCAGAGGCUGAUACAGCGAGCAAGAAAAAAAAAAAAAAGAAAGAAAGCGACAACAACCACCAAGAACCAGGAGCAGGAUCAACAGAAAUACCAGCGGUGAAUACAAUCUGUGCAGGCUGCAAGCUCUGCUGUAUCUUCAUCCUCUACCUCCUCAUCCUCUGCUCCACCUGCAACUUCAGCUCCUGCAGCAAACAAACAAAAUCACAUCCUCGACUAGUCCAGCAUCUGGCUCUACCAUAACCUGCAGCAGUCUCAGUUGUGGCCAUGGCAUCAGCAGCUCUGGAGCUGAUGGGCUUCUUCCUAGGCCUGCUGGGAAUGCUGGGCACCCUGGUCGCCACAGUGCUACCAUAUUGGCAGAUUUCUGCCCACAUUGGCUCCAACAUCGUCACAGCCGUGGCCAACAUGAGGGGCCUGUGGAUGGAGUGUGUCUAUCAGAGCACUGGAGCCUUCCAGUGUGAGACCUACAACUCCAUGUUGGCCCUUCCCUCCGACCUGCAGGCCUCCCGUGCCCUCAUGGUCAUCUCCAUAGUGCUGUCCAUCCUUGCGAUUGCCACUGCAACCCUGGGCAUGCAGUGCACUAUUUGCCUGGAGGGCUCAGGUGCAGUUAAGAGUCGUGUGGCUGGUGCCGGUGGGGGCUUAUUUCUCACUGCGGGCUUUCUGGCACUUAUACCUGUGGCGUGGACCACGCACGAGGUGGUCCAGACCUUCUACAGACCAAAUAUACCUUCCAGCAUGAAGUUUGAGCUGGGAGAGUGUCUAUACGUUGGUCUGGCGUCAGCUCUCAUCUCCAUGCUGGGAGGGGGGAUGCUGUGUGUAUCAUGCUGCGAGGAGCAGGAUGGCGGCCGUGGCAGACGGCAUGGCGGAGGGUAUCCAUAUCCAGCAGGCGUUGGCAUGCCCAGCACAGGUGCACGGACGACCUCCCAGAUUUACCGCAACCCCACCAUGCAAGUGGGGGGCAUCAACACGCCCAGCAGGGGGCAGACACUGGUACGCAGUGACAGCUCCCACUCGAGUACACAUGGAGUCCAGGGAGCCAAGAAGCCCGCUGCGGCAGGAUAUGACAUCACAGGAUAUGUCUGAGGUUACUGCCACUCCAUCAAGUCUUUAAAUAUUGCUCUCUGACAAUUUAUGUUCAAUUAAAUGUAUUUAUAUAGUGUAUUUACUCAAAUGUUGACAUCGUGUGCCUGACGGAGCAACAAGCUGUCGUCUCUGCAGGUUCUGCAAUCUGUGGUGGAUUUUUUUUCAGCUUUUUGAAACCACAACUGUACAAACUAUUUUAGAGUUAUCGCUCUGUAUCUUUUCUGAAGACUAUAUACUUUUAAAUGUCUAAAAGUUCAGGUUUUUUUAAAUGUAGAAACGUCAUGAACUUAUUAACCACACACAUAUCAUUGUCAUUACAGUACGGAAUCCUGCCAUUGAUAUUAUCCCUGUGUAAAAAAACCAAGCAGACAAAAAGAAUAGAAUAGCAGAAAAAUAAUUGAAAACUGUGUAAAUACAACAUGUAAAUGGUUUAUGGAAACUUUAAAAUGUAAACACAGGCUGUACAUCCAGGUGUUUACAUUCUAGGACUGACACUGACUGAGUAGAUUCUGGUUAACAUUUAUUCAUUUAAAAUCUGCAAUGCUGACACUCAACUAUCAAACAAAAGAAAGUCCAAGUGUUGAGUCAAGUGACUCAAAUGUCACUUGACUCUUUGAAGCAUCUGUAAACAUUCUAGUAACUAACUUUCACAGGAGUUUUCAGCAUGAAGGCUGAAGUCAACCCUGCCAUUUCUAAUCUGAACUCCACAGAACACUUCUCACGGCACUGUCCCAGCUGAAGCUCUGGUUUUAUUCACACAUUGCAGUCUGUUGAUAGUUUAGUGAGUCCACUUAAGUGUCCACAUGCAGUGUAACCAAAUCAAAAUGUAACUGUGUGCCUGAUAGUAGUUCAGAGACAUUUCCAAAGAUGUAUUGUGCCUUGAUAUCAUAGUGUGAAAGUGUUAUGUCUGCUUGAUUUGCAGACUGCCAUCUGUAAAAAGUGCAAAGAUUUGUUUUACUUAUUCACUCUUCUACUGAUCUGAGGAUCUACAGUAUGUGCACCUGCAAAAAUGGGUUAAUGUGGUGACUUGAUGCAAAACAUGCUUCACAGUACUGGACGCAUCACCAAACCCCCCCCCCAAAAAAACAAAAAUCUGCUUUGCUGUGUGGCACACAGCACACAUAGCAGGAAAAGCACAGGUGGAAUUAAUAUAAUUGACGAUUUAGGUGUCCUGGUUUUGCCAUGACAGUGAGUCAGCACACACACAACACCAGCUAGUAUUAGCAUUAUUAGUUACAGCUGUGUUGCUGCCUUGCUCUACCUAAUUAACUUUGUGAUGUUUAAAACUUGGUUCUUUAAAGAAAUUUAGGCUUUGAUUUGUUUAUUUUGGGGGUUGGUCUGGCCUUUUAUCUAAUUACUGCUCUGAAUUUCCUGAAAAUCAAGGUUUAGAGUAUAAAGGUGAAUCAACUGCCAUGUGAAGGCCUUUUUAUAAGGCACUUGUUGAAAGAUAAAGACUGCUGGUGUUACAGGUGACUUUCAACUGGUGUUUUUACUGUCGAGAAUGGGAAAAAGAUCACAGCCCUGAACUGAGGGCAAACAGAAGAUUAACACAAACAAACCUGAACUAACGAAACCACUACUUUUGU